UUAUUUAUCUUUAAUUAUAUGUAACAUAACCCUUUUAGACGUAUACUUAACAAUCAAGAAAUGUAAUAAUUGUAGUACAAUAUUGUACAUCUACAAAUUUGAUUUUCUUAAAAAUUAGUGACAAUAUUUCAAAUACAUUAAAGUUACGCUGAAUAGAGUAUCUGGGAGAUAUAUCUAAUUUAUACAAAUAUGUCUGAUCAACCAAAAGUUGUACUUGUAACCGGUGGGACUGGAUUAGUCGGUUCAGCAAUUAAACAAAUUGUUGAGGAAGAUAAUAGACCAGAUGAAAAAUGGAUAUUCGUUGGUUCAAAAGAUGCUAAUUUAUGCAAUAAAGCUAGUACUGUAGAAUUGUUUGAUAAACAUAAACCAACACACGUGAUACAUUUAGCUGCAAUGGUUGGUGGUCUCUUUCAUAACAUGGCUCAUAAUUUAGAUUUCCUGAGAAAUAACAUUCAUAUGAAUGAUAAUAUUCUACAAACUGCUCAUGAGACUGGUGUUAAUAAAGUUGUUUCGUGUCUUUCAACUUGUAUAUUUCCAGAUAAGACUACAUAUCCUAUUGAUGAAACUAUGGUUCAUAACGGUCCACCACAUCCAUCAAAUUAUGGUUACAGCUAUGCCAAAAGAUUAAUAGAUAUUGCUAAUAAAGGAUAUCAUGAACAGUAUGGUAGAUUAUAUACAAGUGUUAUACCCUGCAAUGUAUUUGGACCAAAUGACAAUUUUCGUCCUGGUGUCAGUCAUGUUAUACCUGGUCUCAUGAGAAGAUUACAUGAUCUAAUAAAAGAUGGAAAUACAGAAGAUAAAGUUUUCACAGUAUUAGGCACUGGCAAACCUUUAAGACAAUUUAUUUAUAGCUUGGAUUUAGCGAAGUUAAUAAUUUGGGUUCUUCGAGAAUAUGAUUCUGUAGAGCCAAUUAUUCUAUCAGUUGACGAAUCCCAAGAGAUAACAAUAUCUGAAGUCGUUGAUGCAAUAGUAAAAGCUUUCAAUUUCAAAGGUUCAAUUCGUAAUGAUCUUAGUGCUGCAGAUGGGCAAUAUAAGAAAACAGCAAGCAAUGCAAAAUUAAGAAGUUAUUUGCCAGAUUUUAAGUUUACUCCAUUUGAUCAAGCAAUUAAAGAGACAGUCGAUUGGUAUUUAAAAAAUUACGAUCAAGCUAGGAAUUAAAUGAACACAGACAAGACUUGAUAACAUAAGAUAUAUGAAUAAUAUUGUACAAAUUAUAAAUAAAUAAUGUAUAUAUUUAUUUAUAUAUACUCU